GUGAAAAACGUCAUAGGAUAUUGUGUUUUGAAAAGUCUCGGUGUUUAGGCGCAUGAGAUUGUAGUACAUUAAUAGUUGUAAACCAAAUCCAUGAGCCUAGGCGAACCAACGUGAUAGCAAAUAUGGCUGCGCCCAUGAGAAAAGAUGAAACUCGACAGAAAACGAAUUCCAAAAGGAAAGCCAGUGGCAAAUUGGACAGGACAGCGUCUGAGAAGAGACCAAGAGGAAACUCUUUCGAUGAUCUCGAAUUUAAGUAUCAUUUGAAAGCACCGAACACAGUAUUUAUAGGCUUUGAAAAGUUUAUAGAGGCUGCAAGGAAUUGGACAGAUGGAGCUGGAGAAGACAUUGUCCUCAAAUAUUGCAGGUCAUCUCCUGAAUGCUCAGAGAUUUUUCAAGUACUGGAGGCAGGAUCAAGGAAAGUACAUGAGCUACAGUUAGUGUUUACCUGUCUGGAGAAGAUAUUGUUGAGGAUUGCCGAUGAUCUUGGUCAGUUCUACACAACUGGACAAAAUAUUGUGAAGAAACUCCUGGCUGGUCAUGUACACGCUAUCUUCAAUACACUCAAUGUGAAAAACAAGUCAAACCAGAUUAAAGCAUCUUUGAAAUUACUUGUUGCCAUGGUGAUGAUAGGUGUGCCAUCUGCAAAACUUGUCCUGAACAACGUAGACCUGGGUCACACAUCAAUGCUGCCAUUACUACAAAGAAGAGAUGUUAAGGAUGAAGAAGAUGUUCGUACGUGUUUUAUCCACCUGGUACUUGCAUGUUUGCUGGCAGGAGACAAUGAUGUUAUCAGGAAGCUUGUGCAAACUAAAGGUUUGAUGGAGAGUUUGUUUCAAGGUGUAGAAUUUGACAGAGUGGCCACAUUACAGUUACUGCUUUCAACCAUUCUGGAAAAGGUAAUAAUGAAUUCUGGUAUUAGUAAGACUACGAAGGCUCACAUGUUUUCUGAAAAAGGAUUAAAGGAGCUUGGUCGUCUGUAUGACUGGCAAGGUCUUGCUAAAUGGAAGCAGACGCUCAAACAGAAAGGAAAACAACCUGUCACCCCCUUUGUGGAAACUGAAGAUUCAGAAAAUGAAGACAAGAGGCUUGUAGCAGAACUAGCCGAUAAAUUCCUUACUGAAGUGUGUACAUCGUACAAACAUGGCAUUAUAUUCCAUGAUAAAACCUACGGCUUAUCUGGAAGAAGCCAGAAUCAUCUGAUGACAAGAUUUUUAGGAUAUCUAAGUGGGCGUCUCUCACAUGUUCUUGUUCAGAAACUGGUUAUAGGUAUUCUAACUGCCUGUCCAGACCAGCUUCAGUACUUCCUGCCUCAUAUCACUGACUCACUUGUUCCUAGAGAAACUGCAAAAUGGAUAAAUACCAUGAACUUCUUGAUGAAGGUUUACAGCAGCUUGGGGAAGGAUAUGUCUGUAUUAAAAACAAAGGAUAAGAAGAGUGUUGGAAAUUUUGUACAAAUACUGAUGGUGUAUACCAUGCCUUCAUCUCAGAUCCUCAAUACAGUUCUUGCUGGAGUCAGGGACAAAUUGCUGGUUGUUAAUCAUGUGAGCCUUGGUUUGGUGAGACAGAUUGCUGAUACAGCAGUACAUGUACUCAAACUGCUCCACAACUUGCAUAUCUAUACACAGGAGGAGAGGCUUGAAAUACAUAACCUGUAUAUAGCAUAUGUGCUCAAAAACUUGCCUCAUGUAACAGAUGUGUUCAACUGCUGGGAUAAAGUGAUGAGUACGCAGAAAUCUACCCUAGAGGAGAUGACUAAACUGCAAGACUUGUGUGGAGUUGGAUAUUGUGAUGUAUUGAUACAGAUUGAACAGAUACUAUGUCUGUACCAGGACUUACAACAUGAUCUGCUUGCUGAACACCCGCUUAUACUUGGUAAACUUAUUGAAGGUAUAAUGGGAACAGAGUGGGGUACAGUCUCUGACGAGACAGGUCACAUGACCAAAGUGUAUCUGCUCAAACUGAUGGCAGGAACUGAGUCGAGAAGGCUGCCUUGGGCAAAACAGAAUGCAUCUGGUCACACGCUUCUAUAUCAGCUACUUGACCUGCUGACUCAGUUAUCUUCGAACACGGAUCUUGCAGACGUAACUUUGCAACUUGUUUGUAAGCUGCUGGAGAGUACCGGUCAGUUUGAGGAUCACCAUGAUGAUCUGCUGGUGUGGCUCAAGGCCUUGCAGAGUUCAGAUACUUCCAUCCUAGACUUCGUUUCAAAAGUGAUGAUGACCUAUAUUCAUAACCCUUAUCCUUACAUGGAUAAAAUGUGUGACCUUGACCUACAGACUGAUGCUGCCUUGGUAACCAAGCUUGAAGUGAAACAGCAGUUAGGAGUAAAUGAAAUUAUUGCCAUGGAUGCAGUGAAUUUAGAAGAGGAUAGUUGUGAGCAUUCAAGUCAUGCAAAUAAAAGAUUCCCAUUCUGUCCAGUGUUGAUCGUUGGCUUGGACAUGCUGGAGAAAUUGGACAUUGUGUCAAAAGAAAUUCGGUGCUAUAUAUCUAAGGUUUUAUUAAGCACCUUUCAUCAACAAGUGGAACCUGUUGCAAUGUGUACCCUGUUGACCAAGUACAAAGCAAGUUUAUUUCUGCCAGGGCUGUCAGACUAUAUCCGCACCUGGAUACAGACUGAUGUCACAGAUUCAGAGACGUUGUCCACCAAGUCAAGUUAUGAGAACUUUCUGUCUCAGAAUGAAGCAAUCAUUACUGAAGAUGCAAGCCCUAGAUGUAGGAUACAGCAAGAUCUUUUACACUUACUGUACAUCAUACAGCAAUGCAGACAGCAUGCAGAUAAAAGAUACGUGAAGCAUAUAAAAACUUUGAAGAAAUCUAUUAUCUCAAGUAUUAAGGAGAUUUCUGAAGAUCAGGAAACUAGCCAGAAAGAAGUUUGUGAUCAAACAGUGCAUGAACUGCUUGAUAAACGUGAUGAGAAUGUGUUAUAUUUAUCUGUCAGAUCAGUCCUCGAUCAUCCAGUCUGUAAACAGUUCUUUCUACUUGAUGCUUCAGACAAACAGUCUACAAGAAUUGCAAACACUGUGACUGACUUAGUUACUGAAUUGUUUGAAGUGACUUUUGAGCAAAAUUUACAGCUUGAAGGCACGUUGGACUACUACUACCAGAGAAUAAUAUCAGCCUUACAGAGUGUAAAAAGGGAGCUCAUUGGGCAUUCAGUUUUUAAAGUAUUGACUGUGUUUGUGUUAAAGUGCACCGCUGAUCAGUGUCGACAGAUGCUUGACCUCGUUUUGAAUGCUUUUCCUGACGAAGAUGAGGCAGAUGACAGUUUGCUCGUGCCAUUGUUUGAAAAUUUAAUACAAAGGCUCAUAAACUCAGACUUCACAGUUGCUAAACUGACUGAAAAUGGACUUUAUACUCUCAUUAACUGCUUUGUAAAUGGCAAAAAAUCUACUGAUCUCUUGUGCAGAUUUUUCAAAAGAUUUCCAGUUCUAUCAGCACAGUGCUCUGAAAGAACUGUAGAGAAGUUGUUUUUGUUUUCUGAACAUGCCAGACUGGUUCAGUUUUUCAUGGAGAAUAAUGCAGUAGUGAAGGUAACAGUGGGAAAGAUGAUACAGUCUGCGGAUCAAGACUGGACCACUACUGAAAAUGUCAAGAUUGUCAUAAAAUAUAUUAGACUGGUGCUUGCAGAACAAGGAAAAUGCGCAGGUCAGCGAAUACCAGCAGCAGAAACAGUCUUGAACAUGUUUACGUCACAGUUACUUUCCCUGUGUGGUGGUGAUGUUGUAAAAAAUGCCAGUGAUUUAUUGGAACUUGCAGAGCUUUUAACUGGCAGUGACCUUCUUGGAGAAAAGUUGAUAUCAAAGAUGAAGAAAAAGUUAGCUGUUACAUUGGCACAGGAGACUAUGAAACCCCACCAUAUAGAUCUGCUAUGUAUGGUGUACAGUGUAGACAAUAAGGAGAAACUUGUACCGAUCUGUAUCAAAUGCCUGAUAGCUGUAUAUAGUACAGUGGAUGUGGAUAAAAUAUGUAGAUCAGACAUAGAGGACAAAUUGUUGGAUAUCCUAGCCGGGUGUACACAGAAUGACUUUGAGACACUAGCAGCCAUGUCAGAGUUGCAGGACUGUUGGCCUAAACUUGUUGAGUCAACAUUAAGGUUUGCCUUUACAAAGCCACAGUCAUUGAAGUUUAACGUCAGCCUGUUACAAUCUGUAUACCAACAAAGUGACAUUGAACUCGGAGUUUCCAUGGAAAACAUUUCUGCAAUAGUGAUGAGUCAUUCCUCGUUGUUGCCUGUGAUGUUUGGAGAGCAUGGUCAGGAGUGUAAAGACCUGUUGGUAAGCUUGAUUUUGGUACUGACGGAGCUGUGCCCCACUUCUUGUCAUUCCGAUCAUAUUGGUGUUUUUCUAGGGGCAUACAGGGCCUCUCUUUCACUUACAGAUCAGAAAAUACUGAAGUUGAUGCACCUUUAUGAAAAACAUGAGAUCUCUUUCUCAGAUUACAAGCCUUUUCUGUGGGGUGAGAAGGCAGUAGAGCAGCACACACUACGAGAAUCCCUCGGUCCGUCACUGAAGCAAGCUACAAUGAUGCAGGUGAUGAGCAACAUUGAUGCAAACAUGAUGUCACAGUCUGUACUGCACUUCCCACUUAGCAAGAAAUUACAUGAUAUGGAACCACAACCAGCUGAGGAAUACAAGUCCCACAGUCAGUGUUACAAUCCAUGUUUCAUCUUGCCAUUGUUUAGUCAUAUUCUCCAGCCAGAGUCGGUGAUUGACUGUAGAAGAUUUAUACAGAGUGGUUGUCUUGGUUACACAUUGGCAUCACUGUCCAGUCAUGAUGAGAACAUACGUAAUGUGGCACAGCAUAUCCUUGACAAGUUUCAAGGUCACCUCGAGGCGGCACGAAUCCCAGAGAAAGACCAGCUUCUGUAUAUGCUGCAUGUUAUAAAAAGCAGCAUACCAAAAACAAAAAAUAAACUGUCUUCCAUCAUUACACAGUUUCUGGCCAGAACUGCAAAACUGAUGUUGAAACCAGGUGAUCACAUGUACACAAUUAUCAACCAGUUUCUGUUACGGAAGCCAACUCUAGAUGUCGGCAAUAUACCAGAAUUCUUCAAGCUGUUCAACAGCUCUGCAAUGCAGUACCAAAUGGAAAGAAGUUGGAUGUUAACACUGAUGAAAGAUGGACUACGUGAGGCAGCAGACUACUGGAUCUUUGAGAAGAGGUUCACUUUCAAACUUCUACAGAGUUUCUAUGAUUCCAGAAUGGCAGAUUUACAGUCACAGGUUCAGGUGAUACAGAUUCUACUGUCCGCCUGCAAAGAAAGAAGAUUAGCUGUAGAUCUGUGCCAGAAUCAUGGAUUCCUAGUCUGGAUUGCAGCAGCCAUUUGCAAAUUGUCAUGUGACAAGGUUCAGCUGUGUAUCAGUCUAUGUGACUUACUGCACCAGGUGUGGACAUCUGUGAUGAAACAUUCUCAGGACAACAAGCAGUCUAUACAACUCUCUUUCUCUGUUCAAAUAUUGGCAUGCUUGAAAACACUGCUACUUUACCUGAGGAACAUUCCAGUAGACGUCAAAGUACAGUGCCUCCUUGACCUAUCAUUCAAGUGCUAAAUUAUCUUCACUAUUGGAGGACAG